AGCGCGCGCGUAGCGCGCGCCUGUGUUGUUCUAGUAUUAUAUAAAAAUUAUCUCUAAAAAUAAUUUUAUAUAUAAAUUUAGAAUUUUACAAGAAACGAUAUAGUUUAAUUGAGCAAAAUCAUGAAUAGAGAUUACUCAUGUCCAUUUUUAUCAGUCGUAAAAUAGAAUAAAAAUAAGAAAAAAUAAAAAACAUACGGAAGUCAUGUGCAAAAGUAUCAAAAAAUUAAUGACAAUGAUAACGUUAUCGAAUAAACGUGCAGUAUAUAAAUUCAAAUUUGUUUCUAUUAAAAAUUCUAUUUUAAAAACUUUGUAAAAACUCUUUCCAAAAAGCUAUUUCUAUAAUUAUUCGAAAGUUACAAAAGUUAAAUGAGAAAGUAUGGUAUUAAUUGUUAGUAUAUUAUAUCUUGUCAUAAUAGCUGAAAAUUUAUCUGGUACAUAUGCGACAAAUUAUUGCAAUAUGGAAUCGUGUGAAAAAAACAAUGAUCAUACAAUGUGCAAGUAUCCUUCAUCAACACCAGGGAAAUCAUGCUUGCAAUAUAACAAUUUAGGUUUUAACAAUGUUGAAAGACAAGCUAUAGUAAAAAAACACAAUGAACUGAGACAGAAGGUCGCAUCGGGCCAGGAAAAGAGAGGAAAUCCAGGUCCACAGCCUAAGGCGGUUAAAAUGUCAAACUUAACCUGGGAUAAGGAAUUAGAAACAAUUGCUCAGAGGUGGGCCAAUCAGUGCGAUUUUAAUCACGAUGGUUAUAGAGACGUAGGUGAGUAAUAAUCUAUUGUAUAAUACAAUUGAGAUAAUAUUACCAAAUCGAAAUAAUAUCAAAUUAAUAACACAUAAAAAGAAAUAAAUUGUCUUUAAUACGACUGAGCUGUUUUUAUUUACGAAUGCGUGCUUUAUCAAACUUAGUGUCGACAAAACAAAAUUAUGGAAAAUAUAAUAUUUUAUGACAAAAUUUUUGGUAAGAACUUUGAUGCAACUCAUAGAUAAAGGUAGUUAUAUUGAAGUUUUAAAACUCUCAAAACUUUUAUACAACUUUAAUGGAGAGACCUCAAUUCGGCUAAAAUAUUUAAAAAUUAGACCAUAAAUACAGAUUUUAAAAUAAUUAUGUUAAACUAAUUUAAAUAUAAUACAUUGAACGCUUGAGUUAGCGACAUCCUAAAAUGUUAAAACUUUUUACAGCACAUUAUUAUUAUAUACUUGAACUUACAAAAUUACAUAUUUUAAUGGUCUAAAUUAUUUUUAAACCUGUAUCUGAUCUAAUUUUUAAAUAUUUUAGCAAAAACCUGGCCUAACUAUUUUCAAUGAUAUCUUUGAUUAAAAUACCUCAUCUCUUUGAAUUCCCCCUUGACCCGACGGCAAUCCCCUCUUUACGGAUUACAUUACUCGCACCUUCUUCCGUUUACAAACUACUCGUCCCGACGGGCAGUCCAGCCUAACGUGGUGAUCUCGCGAGGUGAUCCGUGAGCCUUCAGGUGCGCGUAACGAGGAACGUCAGCGCGUAUUCAUCGUCCCUGAAUUGCGAAUGGAUACGAUCCAUAUAUCAGAAAGUCAGCGGCGCUCCGGGUGUGCCCGUAGCUUCCCGGUGAGCGCGAGAACACGCUCGUCCUCGCAGACACAUGCGGGAGAACGUGAGAGAACCCCCCAAAGAAGAAGAAGAAGCGAUAUCUCGCAUAGGAUAGGAGGAAAGGUGGCCGGCUAUUAGGGGUUCUAAGCGCUUUUUAAAACCGGAUUCCGGGAGAAACGUAUCGAGUGUCGGACGCGCAACAAUGACACGGGCAAACAUUCCGAUAUACAGGCCCACCCGCGGCGUGUGUCGUUGCACAAGGGACGUGAUCUGCGACAUGGACACGGCAUGGCGCAACGCGCAGGUAAUGUUUGGACGUGCAUUAGAAGCCGAGAAGAAUGAAUGACGACGAAAAACGGAAGAAUUUGUAUUUGCUGACAACGAUUUCCUCGGAGUGACAGCUAUUAGGCGGGAGGUAAAGCAAUUGUAAAUUCAUCAGGUAGCGAUGUAAACGUUAAAUAUUUGCGAUUGUCACGUCCAAGCGUUACACGAUGCAUGAGAAUUAUUAAUGUGUAUGUAAUAGCAAAUUUACUUGCUAAAUGAAAACAAUUAUAAUAUAUCUAAAGUUGCAUUUUAAACUAUUAAAAUAUCAAUUUUAAUUUCGAUGAUGGAUAUAGCCAAGUUGCUAAAUUGCGUGAAGAGAAGUUUAUAGCUCAAUAAAUUUAACAAAGAUGCUAUUAGAAGUUAUUCAAAUUUGAUUCAAAUGUGUUCAAUUCAUAUGAUCAACAAGAGCACAAGUAGAAAAUGAUAAAUGAUGUCACGAAUAUUUGGCGGGCGUAGUCGACUUAAUAAUAAAAGAUUAUCGGUGUAAUCUGAGAGAUUAGGGUAGGCUUUUCUGGUAAUCCAGGUGCAUUUAGGUAAUCGUUUAACUCAAAGUUACCAAAGCACCUGCUUAUCUGCAGGUAAGGUUGCUAUAUUAAAAUUUUUUUAACUAGAACUUACAGGCCAAAAACUCCGGCAUUUCUGUUGCAACCCCGGACAUAUACGAGAAUACAUUAAUUACACAUAAUAAAUAUUAUAAAAGCCGCUCAAUAGGUGAUCGUGCCAUUGGAAAAAGCACGGUAAAGGAAAUAAAUAAAUAAAAUAUUUAAAACCCCGAACGCACAUAAUUUUCCCGGACAAAUUUUAAACACUUUCAAAAAUCUCUUUGGACGACCCCAAAUGCCCUAAAAAAAGAGGACAGUGUCCGGGGAAAGAGGACGGAUGACAACCCUACCUGCAGGGAACAAUGAAAAGAAAAACAAAAAAGAAAUUAUUCGACGCAUUAUUCAUAAAGGAGAUUAUUAUAUUUCGAAAGUUUUUUUAAUUUUCAAAUUUUAAGUUAAGUACUUAAUGGGAAAAUAUUUAACAGGAUGAAACUUGGUCGACUACUGGAGAGAAAGAGGAACUUCUAAAAAAGAAAGAAAAGAGAAGAAAGUUUUGUAUCGUCGAGAAGAACGCCUCAGUAUAGUGAAUGAAGAGGGACAGAGACCGAGAAGAAAAAGGCUCGUCCUCUAGAGAAAGCUUUAGAGGGCUCGCAAUCAUAUAUCUGUAGGACGGUAGGGGGGUGUCAACGAGCCCGACGAAGUCCCAGCGGGGUUUCCGCUACCCGAAUUGCUACCGGGACUCCCCGGGUGGUGUGAGAAUCUGGUACACUUAACGCUAAGCUACCGCAGCAGCUCCUGGAUUAUCCAGUUUUGUCAGUUGCGAUCGGUAUCCGUGUCACGUCUCGGACGGAAGGAAGUUAACAUUCGCGUGCCGCUUGUAAUCCGCUUCGAAUCUAAACUUCACCUAUUGGCGUGUGUUUAAUUGCAAUUAGAAAGUUAGAAGAAAAGUUAGUAAUGCCGUAAUAUUGGUGAUUUUUCUAUCUGGAAUGAUUAAAAAAAAGAAAAAUAUAUAUACAUUGGCAAAUUGUAUCUUUCUAUAAUUAAAUGACAGAAAUUGAAUCUUCCAGAUUAUACGUAAGUAAUGUAAAUAUGCAGAAGUAAUGUAAAUAAACUACGUUGUUGAAAAAUAUAGUAAAAAUUUUUAUAAUUUCUUCCUCGGUCUGCGCUUACUGCACAGAGAAAAAUUUCUUUAAAUUUAAUAAACCAUUUUAUUUGCUAUUCCAAAGCAUAUGUUUCUUUAUUUCUAAUAAAUUUUAUUAAAUCUAAAAAAAUCUGUAUAAAGUUUAUUAAAAUCAAAGAAAUAUAUGCUUUGAAAUAAUCGAACAAAACUGUUUAUUAAAUCUAAAGAAAUCUUUCUCUCUGUGUGCUUACCAUAGUAAUUCUUCCUUGAAUACCUUCUUAGAUAGUCAAAGAUCAAUCAUAAAUUAUUGUUACAUGAUACAUUUGAUCAGUUUCAUGGUUUCAUGGUAAAUCCACAAAACAAUUAUUUGCAAACAUUGGAAAACUGUAAUUAUAACAAAAUUAAAAAGCAAUACAAAUUUGAAAUACAUAUAUAAAAGUUUCUAAAGAAAUUAAAUUACGUAUAAUUUUUGUAAUCCUUUAAUUCAAUGAGUGAGCAUAUCAUCCUUUCAUACUUCCCUUGAAGUCACAGAUUCAUACGCAACCGCGAAACAUCCCA